AUGUUGAAAAUUUGGUCUAUGAAAAAGGAGCAAAAAGAUGCAGAGAAUGCGGACGGCCAGGCCGGAAAGAAGAAGAAGGUGACGGCGGCGCAGCUGCGCGUGCAGAAGGAUCUCUCGGAGCUCUCCCUCGGCAAGACGAUGAGGACCGAGUUUCCCGACCCCGACGACAUCCUCCACUUCAUCCUGACCAUCGACCCGGACGAGGGCAUGUACUGCACUGGGCGGUUCACGUUCGACUUUGCCAUCAACCAGAGCUUCCCGCACGAGCCGCCAAAGGUGCUGUGCCGGGAAAAGAUCUACCAUCCCAACAUCGAUCUCGAGGGCAAAGUGUGUCUGAACAUUCUGCGCGAGGAUUGGAAACCGGUGCUGAACCUGAAUGCUAUCAUCGUUGGUCUACAGUUUUUAUUCCUCGAGCCCAACGCUUCGGAUCCGCUGAACAAGGAAGCCGCCGAGGACCUGCGCAGUAACCGAGAGUUGUUCAAACGCAAUGUGCGCGGGUCCAUCAAUGGUAAUACAAUCAAGGGCAUUACAUACGAUUGCGUGGUUAGAUAG